AAACACAAUGGGCGGGGUUACGGCCGUACACAAGGGUGGCGCUAGCACCGACGUCCGCAUGUGUAUCCCCCACGGGCCCCCCCCUCGGGGGCGAGUCCUAUAAAAGGUGAUGAGCUCGAGGGCUCGAGGUCGGGACUCAGCUUUAACCAGAGAAGACGGAAGACCAGCUAGUGUAGGCCCCAGAGCUCCCCUGGCUCGCUGUCCUUAUAAGGGCCGACCAGGGCAAGCCGGUGGCGUGGCCCCGAGAGCCCAGACGAAGCUGGUCUGGUGACUCAGGGAGCCGGGAUCCCAGCUUAACCAAGCUGGGACAGAUAGCCUCCCCUAGUCCCGUAGUGGAGGAAUUGGUAUAGGUUAGAGGGGUUAGCUGUCGAGAAUCCCUGUAGCCAAGUGACCUGUACAACUGUGUUGGUGUAAUAAAUAAGUGUGCCUCCGAUCCUGUCGUCAAGCCUCCAUAUAUACUUACUACAUCUGGUGUCAGAAGUAAACGUCCAACGAUGGACACACGAGGGACGACACGUACCAGGGAGUCGGAGAUGGAAGACGCCGCGGCCGAAUCUCCACCAGUGAUGGCCGGGGUCGAAUCGGAGCAGCCGGGGCCGAGUACGCCCGCGCCGCUACGACAGGAGGAGGGGGAUGCGUCGGCCGAAGGACUCCGGCUGGCCCACUCCCGCCUGGCGGACCUGCUCUACGCCGCGGCCGCCGCGUUGGAGGAGAUCACGCGGCUGGGGGCUGGAGGAGCAGCGCGGGUCGACGACGGCAGCCGGCGCGGGGCGACGUUUCCCGCCACCCCGACGCGGCUCGCGGUCAAAUUUCCCGCCAUCUCUACAGUACGAGCGGAGGGCGGGGCCGGCCCGCGUCACGUGUCUGCUGAGCGCCAAGCACAAGCCGUGACAUCAUCAACGCCGGCCGGCGCGUCAACAUCAGAGCGACCGGCGAUGCCAUGUGCACGGCCCGCCCACACUGUAUCAUCGGCGGGGAGCGACGGAGAGCGUUCUGCGGCCACGGACGCCGCCUUACAACAGCGUCUGCCGCCUCUUAAAGAAUUUGUCGGCGCUGACGGAGACUGGGGCGGCUUCAAGAGGCGGUUCAUCGCUCAUCAAGAGAUGGCGAACUGGUCGGACGCCGAGGCUCUACGCGCGCUGCCAGCGAUGCUGGACAACGACGCCCUGGCUACCCUCACCUCGGCGCCGAGGGAAAAGCGCGCCACUCUACACCUGGCGUUGCAGCUGCUGUCAGCCGUCUAUGGGCCGCCUUCGGACUGCAGGCAGCUGUUCCACGAUCGGAGUCGGGGCGCCAACGAGUCACCCCUGGCCUUCCGGACGGCUCUCCUGGCUCUGGCAAAGGCUGCUUUCCCAAGGAUGGACGAGGAAGGAGUGGAUGCCAUGGUGGCUGAGAAGCUGCUGCUACUCGCUGACGAGCUGGACGUCAACGUCUUGGCUCAGGACGACGCGGAGAUGUCGUCCCUGCUGGUCGCGCGCCACAUCCACGGGGGCUUGCGGUCCCUGCGUCGGAAGGCGGCAAAGGGGGCGGCCGGCCAUGCCAUGGCGACCACCGCCCUCCCAUCGGAGGAGGUCUGCGGGGUGGAGCGGCGAGGGGAAUGGAGAUCGGCGGCACCGCAGGAUCGGAAUGGACCGAGCCGCCAGGAGCAGCCCAGGUCAUCUGGGGCGCUCACACGCUGCUACAACUGUGGCCUGCAAGGCCACGUUGCGUCUGGAUGCCGGGCUCCCCGUCAGCGCGGGGCGACACCUCGUCAGGACGCCACGCCGUCUCCUCCCAAGCUCCAGCAGAGAAAUACGGUGAAACAGGAGUGACGGGUCCACACCCACCAACCCCUCCCGGAGGGGUCGGGGGUCACUCGGCAGCGACGCCUGACUCUCUUGCACCCGGACCGUCAACAACCGUCACUGAGCGUGCCAGGACGGGCCCUUGUGAUGGGCCCGCCGCGCGGACGCGCGCCAAAACGCGCAGACUAUUGUGAGGUCGGCCGUUGGGGGGCCUUGCGGACAAUGGGAGGGGUGGCGUCCGGAGUGUGUGUAUAUAUGUUGGUUUUGGGGUAUUUAUUCGGGGGGGGUGCGUC